CUACAUGGGUAUGUCAGUUAGUUUGGCAGAUGGUCUUACCCAGAGUGCAUUGUUUUUAUUCAGCCCCUCGUUUGUCUGUCGUAAUUGGAUCCCAACAGGGUAGUCCCACGCUAGCUGCCGCCUGUGUGUCCUCUUUCUGGCCCCCUCCCCAUCUUACUCUGGUGACACGGUGACAUCAGGAUUAUUUGUUAUAGCCAAGACGUUUUAUUGUGGACAACAACCGGAGAUUUACAGAUAUAUCAGGAUUCGUACUACUGAUUUUAUACUAUACAGCAUAGCAGAACAAGCAGUGAAGGGAAACCGCCUGCCGUGCCCCUGGAGUUUGGCCUGCUGUCCGGCGUUUUUAAUGCGUCUCCCUGUGUCAGACUGUCUCUCCACAAUGAACAGUGAGCAAGACUCCGGGGAGGGCAGCAUGAACGUCACCCUUACGCUACGACUGCUCAUGCAUGGAAAGGAAGUUGGCAGUAUUAUAGGAAAGAAAGGAGAGACAGUGAAAAGAAUACGAGAAGAGAGCAGCGCACGUGUGAACAUCUCUGAAGGAAGCUGCCCAGAGAGGAUCGUCACCAUUACUGGUCCCACGGAGUGCGUUCUCAGAGCCUUCGCCAUGAUCACGCUAAAGCUGGAGGAGGAUCUCACGUCGCUAGUAAACAGUGGCACGGUAUCCAGCAGACCUCCAGUCACUCUCCGAUUGGUCAUUCCUACAAGCCAGUGUGGCUCGCUCAUUGGUAAAGGUGGUUCGAAGAUCAAGGAGAUAAGAGAGAGCACCGGAGCCCAAAUACAGGUUGCAGGUGACUUGCUGCCGAAUUCAACAGAACGCGGAGUGACAGUAUCUGGGACCCAAGAUGCUGUCAUACAGUGCGUCAGACUGAUCUGCACAGUUAUUCUGGAGUCACCACCGAAGGGUGCUACCAUUCCGUACUGGCCAGGCCCAACCCCAGGAGCCGUGCUCCUCGCCAGGAAUCAGGCUUCCGAGUUUGGAUCGCAUCCACUGUAUUCUCUGACCCAAGGUGCAGUCGAGCUACAGCAAGCCUAUACUGUGCAGAACCAAUAUGGCAUUCCACACUCUGAGCUGGCCAAACUACACCAGCUAUCCAUGCACCAAAACCUCGGGGCUGUGGGUCUGUCCAGUACUCCUGCUCUAACUGGAAUUGAGUCCAACUGCCAGACCUCAUCCCAAGAGCUACUCAUUCCCAAUGAUCUGAUUGGCUCAGUCAUUGGCCGACAGGGUACAAAGAUCAAUGAGAUCCGCCAAGCUUCAGGGGCGCAGAUAAAGAUUGGAAGUCAGCUGGACAGCACCAGUGACCGGCAUGUCACCAUUACUGGCUCCACGGUCAGCAUAAACCUGGCACAGUACCUCAUCACCUCCUGUUUAGAGACUGCAAAGUCCACCGCCCAGUCCUCCGUGCCCCCCCCAGCUGACCUUAACCUGAGCUUUGCCCAGUCAUCCCCCGCCUCGUCUCCUGUCACGGCCCUGGCAGCAAUAGGCACUCUGCCCCACGCCCCAGUUUUGGGGACCCCUUAUACCCUCCCAUUGUCGAGCCUCCUGGGAGUGAAGCCAGUCCCCCUUCUGGCGCUGACUGGCCCACCUGCCCCUGUUCCUGCCCACGGCACGCUGGCCUCUUUCACCACUAAAAUUUCCUCUGCCAAUGGGAUCAAGAAACCCGAGAGACAGAAGUUUGCGCCCUACUGAUGGCAGCUCGCACCCGGCUGAUGUCCCAUCAUGCCUCGCAGCUCUUCCAAAACAUCCAGGGACGAGAAGGUCGGCUUCUGUGUGCAGCAGUCUUGCUUCAUAUAACCAGGUAGAACAGAGGGUGACUUUUGUUAAAGUAACAUCGGUCCGUCUUGAACCACAGAGGAUAACCUAGAAGCAGGCUGACUCAUUAACGCAGUCUCGACAUCUUCGUUGUUUCGUCAGCAGCCCGUCCAGUGAUCCUCUGUCCCUCUAUGUUGGUAACAAGGACUUUUUUUUCCUGUGAUGAAUUUGUAAAUGACAAAAUGGCAGCUGG